AUGAAGAAGGCAGACAGCUGGAGAGAAGAUUCAGAUUGGGAAACUCUGCACAGAGACAUACUUGCCGUUAUCUUCGCUAAGCUUGACGUAAUGGAUCUCACCAAUGGAGCUUCACGCCUCUGCAGCUCUUGGUUCCUUGCCUCUCACAACAGAACUCUGUGGAACACCAUCGACCUCGGCAAGCUCGGAAAAGUAAAAAAAGGCCGAAGCCUUAGGAGUAUUAUGAAUAAGAUCAGAACUUUCUUAUUUAACGUUAAUGAAGAACGCACGAGUCUCACGUAUAUUACAAAGUUUAGCCACACAGCACCAAAGAAUUUGUUCUUCACCUCCAGUUCCUGGACAGAAGACGGAGAUGUUUUGUUCGCAGCUGAGAGGUUGCCAAACAUAGAGAAGCUUGCUUUACCGCGACGGCUAUUGGAGAGCGACAAGUCAUUACAGCUUGCGUUCGGUAAAUGGAAGAAUCUCAAAACACUGAUCAUCGCUCAUAAUCGAUACCCUUUAACCAAGGCAUUCGAGUUUCAAGUUUUGGGAGAAAACUGUAGUAACCUCACCAACUUGAAAUAUUUGGGUUGUUUGGAUGAACACAUUGCUGAGCAAAUGGCGCGUUACCUCCAGAGCAUCAAGAGGUUGAGUCUGCAAUGCUCUGUAGUCACCACUGAUGAAGUUUUAUUGCUAAUCACAAACCUUCGAAACCUCGCGGUCCUUAAUCUGUCACAUUGCUACGGCUUGGAUCAAGAAUCUGACAUGGUACUUGUUUACAAUCUUGUACAAGCUGCCUCUAAGCUUGACAAAUUUAUCACAUGUUCUCAAGGUUGCACGUCCUGCCAAGAAAUUUGCAGCCGUUCCUGGGUUAAUAAGCACUGGCGAAAUGAUGAGAUAAAGGAAUUUGAAUUCUGA